AUGUACGUCAGCUCAAUAAUCGUCGGCGUGUUGUUAGUGACCAAAAUUAUAGCCGGGGAUCCGUUAUUCAAUAACAACAACAAUAACAAUCUAAAUGGAGAAAAUGAUAAUGAUUUGACGAAGCGAGGCGGUACAAUGGGGUUCCAAGGGAUGAGAGGAAAAAAGGACGAUAAUAAUUUGGACGGCGACGACUUAUCAAAACGCUCACCCAUGGGUUUUCAAGGAAUGAGAGGAAAAAAAGAUCCCACUGGUCCGGAUCCCGUGGAGAAUCUAGUGGACUAUGAAUACGAAAAGCGAGCAUCUAUGGGAUUUCAAGGGAUGCGUGGUAAAAAGGACGAAAAUUAUUCGCCUGAUGAUGACUUUGGAGGUUUUUACCAGAGUUAUUAUGAUAAGCGAGCUCCCAUGGGUUUUCAAGGGAUGCGGGGUAAGAAAGAGAUGCCGUUCGAAGAAGAGUAUUUCAAAAGAGCCAUGAUGGGAUUCCAGGGAAUGCGUGGAAAAAAAUCACUGGAGGAGGUCGUAGACGAAAUCGAAGAAGGAGCAGACUACUACGGGAUUCCCGUUGACAGACAAUUACUCUACGAAUAUUUGGAUGAUUACGAGAAACGAGCUGCUGCGACAGGUUUCCACGGGAUGAGAGGCAAAAAAAGCGAUUAUGAAAGCGUCGACUGGGAUAAAAGAGCCCCAAAGGGUUUCCAAGGAAUGCGCGGAAAAAAAGCUCUCCUCCACGAGCUCCAAGAGCUCGAGAAACGGGUCUCAAUGGGUUUUCAGGGAGUCAGAGGGAAGAAGAAUGAGGUGGACAAUUAUUACGAGUAUCUCAUGGAGCCAAGUGAGUUUGACAAAAGGGCUCCCAUGGGAUUCCAAGGGAUGCGGGGCAAAAAGGAAGGAUACAAACGCACAAACAUGGGUUUUGUUGGGAUGAGAGGCAAGAGAAAUGUCAACGGUUUUUACGAGAUUGCUGAUUAUCACGACAGUCCUAAAUCAUUAGAUACAAAUUUUUUAGACAGUCCGAUCCACUUCGACAAAAGAUCAUCCUUUGGAUUCUUCGGCAUGAGGGGUAAAAAAAUUCCACGAUGGGAAAUGCGCGGUAAAUUUAUUGGUGUGCGCGGUAAAAAGUGA